UCACGGAUGGAUUUUAGUGUUAUUUGCUUAGCGGAUACAUUCAGAUGUGAAAAUUACAGGGUUUUCCAGAUUUUAACUACUUAACUCCUUUAACGCUACUGCUCUUUUACACCCAUAAAAGGGUGCAUUUUGUGUUGGUUUUUUUUUCUUCAAAAAAGAGGGCUGGCAAAUCAAACAGAAGAUUACUUUUAAUAAAAUAAAUAAGACCACGUUUUGAGAAUAAAUGACAUUUUAUCUAAAUCUUUAUUUUAUUGGGUUUGCAAUAGUCUGGGGUAGUGGUAGAAGGUAGUGGCAUAAUAAGGUUAUGACUUAGAAGCAACCCGAAAAGAGGUCACACUUUUAUAAUCCUAAGUAAAAUUUUUAGGAAAUGAAAAUAGAAGCUUAGCUCUUAAGAGGUAAUAUCCUCGGAGAAUGCAUGUUAUUUAUUUCAAAGUCUGUGUCAGAACUUGUUUUCUCUUAAGGGAUUUUGCAUCUCCACUGCAGAAGAAGUUCCUGUUUCAGUCCUAAACAGCUGCCCCUUGAAGCGAGAGUUCUGUUGAUUUUGCCUUCCAGUGACUUUGUAUGGGCCUAGAAAUGAUUGAGAGGAUUAUGGGAUAUUUCAGGGAUUUUUUGAUGUUGUUUCAUUUGAUGUAUUAAAAAUUCUUUAGUACAAAUGUAUCUCUGUAUCAAGAAAUUCUUUUUACUGAGACCUUGUUGUCUUUUCGCUGAGAGGAAAAAUUCUGUGCAGUUUGCUUGUGCAUCAGUAUUCUUUUCAUGCGAGUUCUUUGCUUAGUAUAUACGUGACUGUAUUAUGUCCUUUUUAAAAAUAGGUCCUCUCUUAAAGAAGAAUUACUACUCUUUAAGCAAGCGCAAGUAAUACAUAGUUUUUUGAGGAGCCAGACUGAGUUUUAAGCCAUAACAGACUUAGGAGCAGAAGAAUGAACCCAUAGUAGUUGUUUCAGUAAACUGAAUUACUAAUAGGCAUGGCAAACAAAGUAACUUCAGUUGUGUUUUUACUGCAUUGCAGGUUUCUCAAUUGUAAUUAUGUCUGUAUGGCCAUAUCUCCAAAAGGUUUGUAAAUACUAAUGUUUUUGAAUUAAUAAGAGGACUGAACUUCUGCUCAGAAAUUAUGCAGUGUUAUGUAGAGGUGCAGCAAGGGGAAAUGUGUGGUUUUAUUGAGACUUUUAUUUUGCCAUCCACAGAUUGCUUAUACUGUUGCGUAAAAUCUGUCAGUUGACUGAAUUGCUGAAGGUAUAUCAUAAUCCAAAAAUGUUUGGUUUUCCAAUAUUAUUUCACUGUUGAACAAUGAGUCAAUUGAAAUCUCUUUAUCUGAACACAUGUGUAGUGUUAAAUCAUAAUACGUAAUGCUUAUUUGCAUUUUGAACAAAAGGAAGCUGAAUCAAUAAACUCUUCCUUAUGUUUUGGAUUGUUACACGUAGACUUUCUUGAUGUCGGUAAUUGGAAAUUGCUUGUGUUCCUAGGUAGCGUUCUGGUUUAUUUCUUUGUUGCAUUCUUGUCAAAAGCAAUGUGAAAGGUCUCUAAAACUUUAUUUUAAUUCAUGCUAGGAUUGUACUUCUCAUGCAGUUGUAGAAGACUGUUCCAGGUGCAUAUUUGGAAGAACAUAUCCUGGGCAGCGUUAGAGAUACUGUUAAGAUUGAGGCUGGUGCUGUGUUGGAGAAGAAAAGAAAAUGCAUCAUCAGCCUUGUAAAUCAGGACAGAUUCAGGCAUGUGCAGAGAUUGAUCCGACAGCAGAUGCGAGUUUCUUGGGCUGGAUUAUAGCUUCAUACAGCAUUGGCCAAAUGGUUGCCUCUCCUCUGUUUGGUUUAUGGUCCAAUUACAGACCAAGGAGAGAGCCUCUUGUCGUUUCAACUGCAAUUUCUGUAGCUGCUAAUUGUCUUUAUGCCUAUGUUCAUGUACCUCAUUCUCACAACAAAUACUACAUGCUUACUGCACGUGCUCUUGUGGGAUUUGGAGCAGGAAACGUGGCUGUAGUUCGGUCGUAUAUUGCAGGUGCCACUUCUCUUACAGAAAGAACAAGUGCCAUGGCCAAUACCAGUGCCUGCCAAGCAGUAGGCUUCAUAUUAGGACCAGUUUUUCAGACUUGUUUUACGCUUAUUGGAGAAGAAGGAAUAACGUGGAAAUCAAUUCAUCUUCAGCUGAACAUGUAUACAGCACCAGUUUUAUUUGGUGCUCUUUUAGGAAUUAUUAAUAUUAUUCUCAUCUUUGCUAUAUUCAGAGAGCAUCGAGUGGAUGACAUGGGACGACAAUGCAACAGUAUCAAUUUUGAAGGAGAAGAAAGUGGUGUUCUGGAUCAGGAUGCAGAAGGAAGCAUUGACCAUGUUGCUGUUGUAGCAGUCAAUUUUCUCUUCUUUGUCAUCUUAUUUGUGUUUGCAGUCUUUGAAACCAUAGCUACUCCAUUGACGAUGGAUAUGUAUUCCUGGACCAGGGAAAAAGCUGUUUUUUAUAAUGGAAUAAUCCUUAGUGCGAUUGGUGUUGAAUCAGUUAUUGUUUUCAUGGUGGUUAAAACGCUGUCUAAAAAGACAGGUGAACGUGCCAUACUCCAUGGAGGCUUACUGAUAGUCUUAAUUGGAUUUUUUAUCUUACUGCCUUGGGGGAAAAAACUACCAAAUAUCCAAUGGCAAGAAAUAAAGAAUAAUUCCAUUCCCCAAGCAACUCCCAGUGAAAUGUUGAUGCCUUUCUGGAGUUUGAAAACAUCGCAGCUUCCAUCCAACCACUCAGAACCUGCAGGCUGCCCCAUCACGCAGUCUUGGUGCUUGAAUACUCCCAUGAUCUAUCUGGCUCAGUAUAUCAGCUCUGACAUACUAAUAGGAUUGGGCUAUCCAGUUUGUAAUGUUAUGUCCUACACUUUAUACUCAAAAAUUCUAGGCCCAAAACCUCAGGGCAUCUACAUGGGAUGGUUAACUGCUUCCGGAAGUGGAGCGCGCAUACUUGGACCAGUUUUUGUGAGCCAAAUAUACACUCACUUGGGACCACGUUGGGCAUUUAGCUUAAUAUGUGGAGUAGUUGUAGUCUCUCUGCUAGUCUUGGAGACAGUAUACAAGAGACUUAUUGCAUUUUCUGUCAGAUAUGGAAGGAUGCAAGAAGAGAGUUGUUAAAUACGUAAGGAACGAGAAGAUAAAAUUAAUUCAAAAAUAACAGUUCAUUGCUAUGUUUUAAUGAGGAGCGCCUAACCACUGACCUCGUUGGAUGUGCAAUAAGAACCGUAGAUAUGUACUUACGCACUGACAGAAUGCAUAAAUUGAUCAUAUCAUAUCCUAAUAUAUGGUUAUACCUGCUACUAUAGAGCUUUGGUAUUCCACUUUUCUAGUAGCAGAGGAAGGAUGUGAAAGAGUUGAGUCAAUACAAUAGCACAUUUGAAAUACUCACAUGCACCUGUGUACUGAGUGCAGCACCAAAGGUCACAGGUUAAGUGUGUCCCUUUCAGGAAGAAGUAAAAAAUAUUAUCUUGAUUCUAUGAAUCAGGAUUAAUAACUCUUUUUUAACUAUGAGAUUUGUUGAGCUGAAAGCACUUUGUACAGAAAAACCACUACAUAAAUGAACCAUUGGAUGCUAGUUUGCUAGCUUCUAAGCAGUGGUUCAUAUAGAAGUCUCACUUGGAACUCUAUGUUAGCAAUGCAAGGACUUGAGGUGUGACAAUUAUAGAGGAAAGCAGGUGCCUUCUUCACAAAAACAGUUUAAGUGGGAUUUAGCUACUGAAGUUGGUUAAGAGCCAUUGAAAAUCAGUCUUGGUGACUUACUUGAACUACAGUAACUAGUGCAAUUUUUUGGUACUGUUUUGUUGAAUGCCUUUUUAUAGCAAGGAGGUUAACCUGCACAGAGCAAAGGGGGUAUAGCUUUUCAUAACCUUACUAUAAGAAGGAAUUACUCAGCAUAAUAGUGUGCGCUUCCAUUGUUGGUAGUGAAAUUGAAUGCACUGUGCUGUGUGUGAUCAGUCAUAAUGCUAAUUAAAUAAAAAGGAACAAACUGAUGACUCCUUGGCUGCUGACUGUUAUCUGUAGACUUAUUUUCUGACAAUAUAGUGUAAGAAAGAAGUUUACACUUGAAUCAAUUAUUUUUACUUUAAAAAGUGAAAUAUUUUUCCUUCAUCAUGGGGCCUAAAUUAAUCUCUAUGUGUUUAUUUAAUGCUUCAGUCCUACUGGGGAAAAAAAAUCUGAAAUAACUCCAGUAAAAAGUUGUAGCUGCUGUUUAACAUACCUACUAUUUGAUGCUUACUGAAUAUCUGAAUAUAUUCAAUGUAAUAAAGUAUUCUUAUCUGUUAAAGCACUGAAUGACUACUGAAUUAAAAGAUGAUUUUUUUCAAUACCUA